AUGAACGAAAUCAAAAAGCUUCUCACUGAAAAGCAAAAACCAAUGUUGGGUUACAAAGGUUAUCUCUAUACCGUCGAACGUCAAAACGAAGAAAGGACCAGUUUUCGGUGCAAAAACCGUCAAUGCAAAGGCCGUUGUCAAACCGAUCCAAGCAUGAACAGCAUUCUUUCUGAACCCACUGAACAUUGCCAUGGUCCAAUCAUCGAUCAAUUACCAGUCGUCGAAUUAAAAAACAAAAUCAAGUCCCGAGCUCUUAUCAGCGAAGAACCAACAAAUGCGGCUGGUCAGUUACCACGAACUGACACUCUACAAAAAACAAUCCGUCGACAACGUCAAACACCGAAAGCAAGCCCUGAUAAUCGAUUGCCCGAUCAUUUAAAACAAACAACCCGUGGCGACAAUUUUAUUCUUCACGAAGACGAUAAAUUGAUUAUUUACACGACCACUUCGAACCUAUCUGUAUUGAAAACAUGUAAGCAUUGGUUCGCGGACGGAACAUUCAAAGUUUGUCCGGACGAUUUCUAUCAAAUGUUUACAUUACAUGGAUUAUUUAAAUCACAAGUUAUUCCAUUGGUUUAUGGGCUGCUCAUAGGAAAGAGUACAUCUGACUAUAACCAGUUUUUUGAACGUAUAAUGGAAGAGGAUGAUUUCAAUCCAGAUUCAAUAUUGACUGACUUCGAAUCCGGUACGAUAAAAUCAAUUAAUUCCAUAUUUCCGAAUGUUGUUCACAAAGGCUGCUUAUUUCACUUUGGUCAGUGCGUUUGGCGAAACAUUCAAAGCCACGGAUUACAGAACAAAUACCAGGAGGAUAAGUCGUUCCAUUUAAAUAUUAAAAAACUUAUUGCUUUAGCUUUUGUGCCCAUUGUAGAUGUUGUCAAAGCAUUCGAAUUCGUGAGCGACGACUUUACCGACGACGAUAGCGACGAAUUCAUUCAAUACUUCGAAAAAACCUGGAUUGGAGAGCGAAAAAGAAGAGGUACUGGCCGCACGAAACCACAAUUUUCAAUUCAGCUUUGGAAUGUCCACGAUCGAGUAAUUUCUAAUCUUCCACGUUCUAAUAAUUCUAUUGAAGGUUGGCACAAUGCGUUCGCACAACGGGUUUCAAUCGCUCAUCCAACGAUUUUCAAGUUAACCGAAAAGAUCCGAGUUGAACAAUCAAAAUUCGAAAUCGAUAUUGCUCAAAUAAGCCAAGGCCACGAACCAAAACCAAAAAAAGCAGCGUAUCGGAAACUCGACGAUCGAAUUACACGCUUGGUCGCUGAUUAUGGCAACGUCAAUCUCAGCGAAUACUUGAAGAACAUCGCUGCAAAUGUAUCAAUAUAG